AUGAGAAAUAGCAGACUCCAUGAAGAUCUUUGUUCAAUAUAUGGAGAUACUAUUGUCAAAAAAAUAUUAGUUGGUAAGCAAUACUCUCGGGCAGUACGGUGUCAUACUCUAGUGUUAGCUGCAAUUGUCAAACACAUAUUUAAUGUUGCCAAGGUAAAUGACGAUUUUAAAUCGGCUACUGAAGACCUGAGGAGUGAAUUUUAUGAAAUGCCAGGAAGCAUGGACGAUUUAGUGAAAUCUGACGAAUUUAAAAACUCGGUAGAAGCAAUUGAAAACAUUUUUGAAAAAAUUGAAAAUAAUAAUAGUACUUGUAAAUUGUGGAUAACCUAUUGUCGUAUGGUAUUUCUUCCUAAAGAUUUCAUAUUCGCCGAAAAAAGUGGAAACUGGGAUUUGCGUGUUAGUACUUUAGAAAAAAUUAUUACUUUUUUCCACUCAACGGGUAAUUUCAAUUAUGCCAAAUCAGUCCAAAUUUAUGUCCAAGAUUUUAAGGAUUUGCCACAAUACAUGGAUCCGGAUGAGUAUAAAGUAUUCACAAAACAGGGGUACUGUCGACGAGUCAAAAAAUUCUUUUCCGGAAUCUUCAUAGACCAGACCAUCGAGCAGACACUAAUGAAAAGAAGUAAAUUGAAGGGAGGAUUGUUCGAGAGAGGAGUGACGCCAAGCGGCAUUCCCGAAAACCUCAGUAACGAUUUUGGAGCGAUUUUCAUGGACGAUGCCACCCCCCCCCCCAAGACAACCCCACAUGGGGACCCCCGAGUGCCCUCGAGGGAAUCUAAGGCUAUAAAUGAAUUUGCCCUCCCCGAAAACGAGUCUGGAGCGAUUUUCAUGAAAACCCCCUAG